AUGUCUUCCCUUCGAAACGGCGUCUACUGUAUCAGGUCCCAUGUCACCCAGUCUCAGUCGUCUGGCCCGCUCUUUGUUGGCAUCGACACAAGGCCCCGCCGCGAACAGAGGAGCGGACAUAUCAAGGAGGGCACUCCAAUUAUCCUCGUUCCGAAACAUAAGAUGGCAAGGGUAGAAGUACAAAAAAUUGAAGGUGACAACUACCGGUUGUCCUUUUUGUCUCAUGAGGCGUCGGGGAUGAACCUUGGAUGUGAUAAAAAUAACCUGCAGAAAAACAACAAAGUGUUCGUGACAAAGAAGGAGGUGGAGUGGGCGCUUGAUAAGGGCAAUCACGAGAAGAGCUUCCAUGUUCAAGUCCGUGAAUCCGGAAUGUAUAUGACGGUUCCAGAAGAUGCCAAGGAAAAUACUCAACUCGUACUCGAACAGCUUCAAGGCGAGGAGGGCCAGGAAUGGGAAUUUAUCAGGAUCGAUAGGGAGGAAUAG